UAAGCGGAUACAUUAUGUUUUGUUAUUUACCUUAAGUCCCUAACAUUAUUACAGCCGCACCUAAAUGUCAAAAAUUACAAAUAUGACAGAAAUUACGUCGGAAUGAAUUAGCCAAAAUGUUGGUGUCAAUAGCAAUGUCAAGCCCAUUGUCAUUUAAAGCGGAUACACUGAAACUAGCAAUCGGAUUGGUCCUAACCAGUUGUAUAUAUAUAACAGUAAGUUGUAUAGUCCAUGUUUUGUGUGAACUUUAAACUGCAUGUUUGUGACAUAAUGAAGUAUUUACUAUUUGCGUUGUUUUUUGUAUGUGUGAGAUCUCAGGAUAACCCACGUUGUCCAAAACCAAGUGGUUUAACAACGAUCUGUCUCUUUGAUCCUAGGUUCAACUGCUUAAGCGAUCGUGAGUGUGACGACGGUCAGAUUUGUUGUAGGAAUGGAUGUGGCAAAGUUUGUAAAUAUCCCAGAAAAUCCGAAUUGUCAAUCGUAAAGGAAGGUUUCUGCCCGGAAUUUGUUGCUGCCAAGUUUCCAUGUUAUAAAUUCGACGAAUGCAGUAACGACAGAGAUUGUCCUUUUACACAGAAAUGUUGUCGACAAGGUUGUGGUUAUAGAUGUCAACACCCAACAGGUGGUUUCAAACCUACACCUAAACCAGUAUGCCCUAGACUACCUUGUGCUGGUUUGAUAAAGUGUCAGCAUGGACAAGAAUUAGAUAGGAAUAAUUGUCCAACAUGUCGGUGUAGACAAUGUCCUAAAGGCGUGCAGUUGGUGAACUGUUUCAUAGAUCCAUGUAGGUUUGCAAGAUGUCCAUCUCAUCCAAAUGCCACAUGCGUCUCUAACUACUGUGGUGGGUGUAUAGCAGACUUCUAUGAAAAUGGUGUUUUAGUAAAGUGUUAGAGAGUGGAAGAAAUGCUAAAUUUAUAUACCAACAUAAAUUUAAAGAAAUAAAAUUUUCUGUAAUUUA